CAUCCCAAUUAGAAGGGCCGGUUUCAUAUAAACCCCCCGGUCCCGGAAUCACGACCUUACCGGCGGCGGCUGGAAGUGCAGAGGCGACUGGCGAGACGACGAAGAAGAAGAAGAAAAGAUGCAACAGAGGAAAUAUGGGCGGCCGUCGGGAACCGACGGCUCCGAUUUCUCCUACCGCAUGGUCGUCGAUUCUCGCUAUACGAAAGUGGCAAAGGGGAAGUCUCGCCUCCAUGCCCUGAUCUUGACUCAGGUGGUGAUUCAGUUGGUAGGACUACUGUCUUUAGCCAUGUCGAUAUCGAAGGAGAAGGUUCCAGAUUCUUUGGCUAUUGCAGCCACUGCCAUUGGGUUCUUCUCUCUUCUGAUUGGAGAAGUAGGUCUUAGGCGGAGCAAAGCUGGUUUGUUGAGAAUGUACAUGGCUGCAUCUUCCAUCGGACUGCUAAUCUCGCUAUUUGAUAAAUUUAGCAGUGGUUCGGCGUUAGAGGUUAUGCUGAACCCAAGUGAGUGGGAGGCGAAGAAGUUCGAGGUUAUCGAGAAUUCGCUGCUGUUAUCUGGAUUGCUGGUCCAGAUAUUCGCGGUUGUCACGACGAUUUCUCUAAUCGGUAAUAUGUCUCCGCCCAAGAAAUCCUCUUGACAGAUUUCCAGUCCUCGUUGUAUAGCCACUGUAGAAUGCAGAAAGGGGGAGAAGGAGGUGGUUGGAUUUGCUUUAUUCUGUUUCCUUUGCUUAAAUUUACUACCAUUGAUGAGAAUUAUGAUUUCCGCCAUAGUAAUGCAGCUUGGUCGUAAAAUGGUAGGGACGAUAUAAAGAACCGAAAAGCAGCUGCUGAAACCUGCCCCCGCUUUCCUUUUCAUAAGGUGGCUUUUCGUGGGAGGGAGUAAGUGGGCCUGUAGCUCGCUCGUUAGUACAGCCUAGCGGGUGGGCCGUAUACACGUGAUUACCCGGGCCCAUUUUUCUUUUCCCUAUCAUUAAUGAUGCGGACUAGUUUCCGGCUUUCCGCAGGCUGAGAAACAUUAGUAGAUGACAAUUAUAAUUAUGAAUUAGCCUUCGUACAAGACAAGAGCGUUAUGCUGGAGCUGGUAGCAGAUUAGUUUAGUUGCUAAAUUGGACGUGUACCCAUUUGAUUAGUAGUAUAAUUGCAGGAUUACGACCUGGGGAAAGUAGGUUAUUAUGUUGUUUUUCUUAACAUGGUCACGGGCUAAUUAAUCCCUCCCACUUUGUCGAGGAGAAUUUGUUUUCUUUCUUCACCUAAUCAUAAUAGCAAUGAAAGUAGGCCACAAGAGAAAGAAACCAAAGCUUUCUCGUUUCUAUUAGUCACAAGAGAUUCUUCUUCUUCUUCUUCCUAGGGCAUGUGAAUGGGGAUUUUGAUUUGGAUUUGGAUUUUGACCUUCGAGAGAUCACGGGUUGCGACAGACAUAGCAUGUGACACAAUUGUCCCCGCACAACGUGCUGCUUCUGGGCCAUUUUUUUGUAUGGAGAAAAAUGCAAUGUUCAAUACAAAGCGGGUCAUCGUCCAUUGGUUUCCAAACUAUAAGCGUGGCAUGGUGUUUGUGUUGUAA